CAGUCGGCCGUACAAGUCAAUAGAAGAAAAUAACCCAGCUAUGGCGGUAUCAUACACCGUUUCCCGCGUUUUGAGACGUACGUCUUCGUUCCUUUUUCAAAAAAGGUACGAAUCGACAAUGGCUAAUCUAACAAAGGACGAAAUAUUAAUUCUACUCCGACCACCUUUCACGAAUUGGAGCAAUUUAACGCGAGAAGCGGAGAAAGUGGUCGGAUAUCCGACUUCGUUUAUGAAUUUACGAUGUUUACUGAGCGACGAGUUUGCAAAUUUGGCGCUUUAUUUACGGAAGUUGGUUGGCAGUAAUCAUUUGGUUAUGCAAACUGCGAAGAACGUCUUAUAUGGUGAUUCUAAAAAUUUGCAACCUUGGGGCCUCAUUAUACUAUUAUUAUCGAAAUCUGUAAAUACACAAAUUCCGACUACACAAGCAAAAGUCAUAGACGAACAGCAAAGGGCAUUAGCAGAACUUAUAGAAUUAAUGAGAACAGGCCAUUUGAUUCAUCGAGGUAUAGUCAACGUGCCCUUUGCGAAACGAUCCAAGAGUACAGAAUCUGCUAUUUUCGGGAACAAAAUCGCCAUACUUCUUGGUGAUUAUCUUUUAGUAACAGCUAACACAAUGUUAGCUGGUCUUAAAAACGCUGAUGUUCUAUACAUAGUAUCAUCAGGUUUAAAAGAUUUGUCCGAAGGAGAAUUCUUUGGAGACAGAGAUGAACAAAAUAUGCCAUUACCCGGUAAGCCUAGACGUACUAGCGAUGAUAUGAUUACAUUUGAUACAACUACUAUAGCAGUUGACGAUGUAUUAGGAAAGCCAAGAAAGGAAUGGACAGCUAGAACUGUUUUUAAUGGAGUCAGUUUACUUGGAAGAGCAUGUCAAUCAACAAUGCUUCUUGCUAAACAACAUAGGGAAACGCAGAAUAACGCGUAUUACUUUGGAUGUCAUGUGGGUUUAGCUUGGCAAGCGGCUACAGAGUUACAAAGCCUUACAUCAGAGAGUAAAGAUAGGUUUUGUUUGGCUAGUGCACCAGUUCUGUUCGCUUUAGAAGGUAAUCCAGAUUUGUAUAAGAUAAUUGAUCAAGCUAAAAAUGACGUGAAGGAUGUAGAUUAUGAAGAUUUGAAAUUUAAUAUUUUAAAAACAGAUGCUGUUGAUAAAACUAAAAUGUUGUACGAGGAUCAUGCGAAAAAGGCUACAUCUUAUAUUGAAAGUAUUGGACACAAUGAAUCUGUUGAAAUGAUAAAAAAGUUGAUAAAUACUUUCUAA